AUGAUUCCAUGGUGGGCGACGAGCAAAGAUGACAUCCACUUCAACUACCCUCUCUCAGGUGGGAGUAUUAAGUCAAUUGGUACUUACAAUUUUGCCGCACUGCGUCUCCUCUUCGAUGCUGAACCGGAGAAGUGUGUGAGUUGCGAUGCCCAGGCUUACACUGAUGGCAUCCAUGACAAGUGUGACUAUGAGUUCAAGGCCCAGUUCCGACUCCCAAAUGGGGGAAUUGGCGUUGCCUCUGGCACCCUGAACUGUGAAUUGAUCCUUAAGCCUUCGUCGUGGGAGGAGAAGUCGCACAAGGCUUACACCUUCAAGGAGGCUAGCGGACAAUUUGCGGACCUGCCUGGUGAGACACAUUGGAUGUCAUACCGAUACCAGCUGGAAGCUUUUGCGAAUCAGAUCAAGGGCCGUCCGACUCAGGAAUGGGUUGGCGCGGAAGACUCGAUUCCGCAAAUGAAGAUGAUUGAUAUGGCCUACCGGACGAGUGGGCUUGGGCCAAGACCGACUAGUGAGUACCGCUAG